AUGCCAAGAGCUCCAAGAACUUACUCCAAGACUUACUCUACCCCAAAGAGACCUUACGAAUCUGCUCGUUUGGAUGCUGAAUUGAAGUUGGCCGGUGAGUACGGUUUGAAGAACAAGAGAGAGAUCUACAGAAUCUCUUUCCAAUUGUCUAAGAUUCGUCGUGCUGCCAGAGACUUGUUGACCAGAGACGAAAAGGACCCAAAGAGACUUUUCGAAGGUAACGCCUUGAUCAGAAGAUUGGUGAGAAUCGGUGUCUUGUCUGAAGACAAGAAGAAACUGGAUUUCGUCUUGGCCUUGAAGAUCGAAGAUUUCUUGGAAAGAAGAUUGCAAACUCAAGUUUACAAGUUGGGUUUGGCCAAGUCCGUUCACCACGCCAGAGUCUUGAUCACUCAAAGACACAUUGCCGUCGGUAAGCAAAUCGUCAACGUCCCAUCUUUCAUGGUCAGAUUGGAAUCUGAGAAGCACAUUGACUUUGCUAGAACUUCUCCAUUCGGUGGUGCCAGACCAGGUAGAGUUGCCAGAAAGAACGCUGCCAGAAAGUCUGAAUCUGCUGAAGGUGAGGAAGAAGAAUAA